AAUUUAGUUGUACGUUCACCCCCAACAGAAGCUCAAUUAUUACAAGAACAUUUAAUACAACGUUCAGUACGCUAUCCUCCACCUCCAUUAUUAACAACAAAUAUUCAACAACAACAACAACAACAACAACAACAACAAAUGAAUAAAAGUCAAUCAUCAACAAAUACACUAUAUCAACAAACAAUGAAUAUUUAUGAUCAACAAACAACAGCAAAAAAAGAAGAAGCAACACAAUGA